AACUAGUUUUAUUAUCGACUUUUUUUCUUUUUCCUUUUAUGGUGCUGUAUCAUUCUUCUUCUCUCUUUCUUUCAUUCUUUACCUCCAGAAUUUUCUGGUUGUGUUGGGAAUUAAUUGGAAGAAAGAUCCAGAAACUUGAAGCACUAACCUGAAUCGGUGCAUGAGCAAACGUUCGAUUUGUUUCCGUUCCUUGAUUACUAGCUGCAUAAUUUUAGGAUUCACCCAACAGAAUGCUCAUGGGUCAUGCUGAGGGGCUGCUGAAGCUUGGUUCUGAUAAAAAUCUGCUGCAUUCCGAUUCCGGCUCUGAUCUUGAUGUUGAUGAAGGAGCCGAUAAUCAUCCGAGAGUGCUGUACGCAGCUUCGUUCGACGAACUCGCAUCGAAACAUGUUAAUUACGAUACGAUAAUAUGGCUCUCGAUAUCUCUAUUGCUAGUUUUGGCUUGGGGUGUUGGGAUAAUUAUGCUGCUUUAUUUGCCCUAUAGAAGAUAUGUGCUUCAGAGAGAGAUUGCAUCGCGUAAACUCUAUGUUACAUCGGAAGGAAUAGUGUAUAAGGUGUCUAGGCCUUCGUAUAUACCUUUCUUAGCGAACAGAAAUGUUGAGAAGCAUGUACCUCUUCCAUUGAUUAUUGAUGUUAUCACAGAACAGGGUUGGCUGCAAUCAUUGUAUGGACUGCAUACAUUUAGAGUUGAAAGUAUUGUACAUGGUAAGGCUGCACCUGUCGAUGAAUUACAAGUUCAAGGACUCAGUAACCCUGGAUUUUUGAGGAAGGUUAUAAUAACACGUGCUUCAAAGGCUUUACAAGAUACUGGCAUAAGCUGGGACCCUAACAUCAAAGUUAACAGCACUGAAAGUAUGUUUCGCAUGGAAUCUUUGACCUUGGGUCCAGCAGUUUUAAGAUCACCAUUGUCUAAAAGCACAAAGAUAAUGGGAUCUCCUCGCCGGGCUUUGAUGGAAUCCAAAGGUGUGGUACCUACAGAUGCAAUGCUUAACAAGCUAGAAGAAGUGAACAAAUCAGUGAAGAAACUUGAGUUUCUCAUUGAGAAAAAACAGGGCUCGGCCGGUCCGAGUCAGGACGAUGCAUGAGAAAUUAAGGCGUGGCUGACCUUCUCUGGAGGAAGAAGCUAAUGCAAAUACAUAGUACAUUUUUUUUAGAAUUUAAGAAGUGCAGUACUGUAAAAAUACCUAGUUGGUUGGCUCUUGUUGAGUUUGAACGCCCGAAAUUACGUAUGCUGGUUUGUACAAAUGCAAAUUGUGUUUCGUCAAA